CACGCCCACCCCCAUAGGACUCCUAAACGGCCAUGGGGACACCGAGCACCCCUGAGGAGGGCUCCUCUUCGCCGCACGUUCCGGAAUGCGCCGCCGAGGUCCAGCCUCAAGGGGCCAUGCAGCCUCAGGGGCACCCCGAGGAGCCCCAAGAGCAGCACAAGGAGUCCGAGGUCCCAGCGGAGCUUCUGAGCUGCCAGGGAGCUGCUCAGCGGCCGGCCGAGGAAGAGGAAGAAGUGGAAGAAGGUAGCAGCACCGAGAGUUGCCGCGAAGAGCCUGAGGCUACGCCUGCCUCGCAGAUUCCAGCCACACCUUUCCCUUCCCCGUGCCUCCCUGCUGGGGAAGGGAUGCGAGGGGCGGCGCGCCGGCUGCGAGGGCAGCAGCUGGAGGCCCUGACUCGCGUGACUCUGAUGGAGCAGCGCGUGAAGGAGUUACAGCGCCAGAAGAAGGAAUUGAGGAUCGAGAUGGAGGUGGAGGUGGCCCUGCUCCGGGGUGAACUGGCAGGGGAACGGGUGGCCGCUCGGCGGAAAGAGGACCAGCUACGAGAGCUGCUAGGCCAGCAGGCGGAGUCCCAGCAGAGCAGCCAAGAGCUGCGGGAACAGGAGCAGAGGCAACUGAGCCAGGAGCGGGAUCAUGUGGAGAGUCUUCGCCAGAGGCUCAGGGAGGCCCAAGGACAGCUUGAUUCACAGCCGGAGGACCAGAGAGAGCGGCUCCUGCAGGGGGUACAGGAGAUCAGAGAGCAGCUAGACGCAGCCCAACGCACCUAUGAGGAUCUGGAGUUCCAACAGCUGGAGCGCGAGAGCCGCGUGGAGGAGGAGCGGGACAGCCCUGAGGUCAGGGCUCCAGACUCCAAGGUCCGGGAACUUCAGGCCAGUGUGGCCCAACACAAGCGCCGCAUCCAGGUCUUGGAGGAACAGCUCAAGUCUCUCGGGGAGCAGAUGGCAGCUGAGAGCUGGGGGCUAAGCAAGAAAAAGGAGGAGGCUGUUCAGGCUCUCACACAGGAAAGGAGCCGGCUGUUCGAGCUCAACUGCCUUCAAGGAAGAUGUGGUGGGGACUUCUCUGAGCCCGACCAAGCCCAAGCGCUCACUAAGCUGCUGUUUACACAGAAGACAGACCGCCAGCUGCUGGUGCUGCAGGACCCCACGGUGCAUGCUGCUGCCGGCUCAGCGUCUUCGUGCCUCUUCUCCGUGCACAGCUCGCUGCAGGGCUCUAUUGGUCUCCAGAGGACAGGGAGUCUGCCACGGAGGAAGGGAGAAAGGGCCAGCCAGAGGGGAUCCCCACGACCCCUGUCCCUCCAUUGUACAGGACCCCUGGAGGCCUCUGCUGUUAUGCAAGCUGCGGGGACCCCCGGGAGACACCCCCUCUAUCAGCUGCUCAACUGUGGCCCUGGGAACAGACACCCGCCGCUUCAUCCAGACAUCGCCCAUAUGGAGCGACUCCUACAGCAGGCUGUGGCGGAGAGGGAACGGCUGCUCAAGGCCAGGGAAGGGAUGAGAAGAAGCCCAGAAAAUUCCGCAGGCCCUGCAGUUCCUGCUAUCAUGGUUCCACCCCUUCUCUGUGCUUUGCAGGGCCCGCCCCCGCCCCCGCCCCCACCACGCCCUCCAGGUCCCCGAGUCCUGGACCUCCCACAGCAUCUGGAACGCUGGGGUCACAAUCCGGAAAGCUGCCCCCAUUUGCGGGUGUCCGGGGGCUGCUGUCGCGGGCCCCUGGUGAAGAUGGGUGGCCGCAUCAAAACGUGGCGGAAACGCUGGUUCUGCUUUGACCGACAGGCGCGCCGUCUGGCUUACUAUGCCGACAAGGAAGAGACCAAGCUCAAAGGUGUCAUCUACUUCCAGGCCAUUGAGGAAGUCUACCACGACCACUUACGCUGUGCCUUCAAGAGCCCCAGUCCCCGCCUGACCUUCUGCGUCAAGACCUAUGAACGCCUUUUCUAUAUGGUGGCCCCCAGCCCGGAAGCCAUGCGUAUUUGGAUUGACGUCAUCGUGACUGCUGCGGACGAAAACCACGCCCCUUGAGCGGUCCCGCCCUCCGAGAAAGGAUGUCCCGGCAAGCUCCGCCCCCGCGCGCAGGUUCCGGUCUUUGGGCCCCGCCCACUUCAGGAAGCUCUCGGCCCCGCCCCUUUGGCUUUCUCCUGGGUGUCUGCAGCUUCUCCAGCUCAGCUGGCCUGAGCCGCGGAGGUCUGGGCUGCAGGCGGCUUCCCGCGGCAGCAUCGCCAGGCCCUGGAGGCCCUGCUUGGGGCAGGAGGAAGAUUACAGGCGCGGAUGGAACUAUUUAUUGGUGCUCCUCUGAUACCGAAUUAAACAUGGUGGAAAAACCGGGUUUGCUGGUGUGGAUUCCCGCGCUGAUGUCCUGGGGCCCCUCUGCCACUAGGCACGACCCCUGAGCCAAAGGGUUUCC